UUUUCCUUAUUUGGUUAUUGUGUAAAAGGUUCUUACGAUAACAUGUAAGACUGCAUAAUGGAACUUUUGUCGUUGAUCAGUUUUAUGUCUUGCGAUUUUCACAACCGCUUACAUAACACACCUGUGAAAGAGGCGGUGUACGAGGGAUUUGUGCCUUUAAAGGAAAUUCGUAACCUGAGGGAACUAUUACAUAGUUGCCAUUAACAGCGACCGUCUUGCGCUGCCUCCAUGUCACUGGAGUCUGCAUGCUUAAAAUCAACUUUCUAGCUUUUAUAGUUCCUGUGAUCUCGACUUUCAUACGGACAUUGCCAGAUCGACUCGGCUAUUGAUUCUGAUCGCGAAUAUAUAUACCUUAUAUGGUCGGAAACCCUUCCUUCUGACUGUUACAUACUAUUCAAACAAUCUAGUUUACCUUUACUGUACGAGUAACGGGUAUAAAAAUAAUGUAAAUUAGAAUAAAUAAAAAAAAAAAUAAAUUUAUUGUACAACUUUUUUGUUACGUUUUUUGGGAGAUUUUUUUGUAUAUUAAAAGGUAUUUACAGGUAUUUUCCAGAGGAGUACCCGUGAAAAACCAUGCUAAUUUUUCGGUACUCGGUUUCCUCGGCAUCUUCGAAUUCCUCGCCACUAACGCCUGUGUUAUGGAUAUUCCUCGUCGUUUGAAAGAAAAAUACUAAUGAUAUAAAGCAAUUUUGUAUACAUUUUCAUAUACACAUGCGCCGCUAUUUUGUUUACGAUCCCUGUAUUUGUCAGUGGCAGCGCAACGCAUCAUAGGGAAGUAUAAAUUUUUUACAAUUGCAUUAAGAUGGAAGAACUUCUAAAAGCUGGUGUUUUUAUAGAUGAAAUCUACACCGUGCGAGUUGAGCUUCCAAACCUUUCCAGUAGCAAAAAAAAGUUUAAACAAGAAUGCUUUAAAUACAGCAAAGCAUUCACAAUUUUUAAAAAGUUUGUGUUUAAUUAUUGUAAUAUAUCUAAAAUCUUUGCUGAGGAUGUCGAUAAGGAAAAACUGCGCGCUAUUGGUACACAAAAUCAAUUAAAAACGGCAUUUAUUCAGCGCCAGAGUAUGCAGCAAGUCUAUCAAUAUGAGAUAUUUGAGCAAACAGUAGAACUUGAUCGCUUAAAAGGCGAAUUGCAGUUUUUACAGCGAAUUGAAACUGAACAACAUGAAAUAAUAAACAGUUUUUUUGUCAAUCAAUAUUAA